AUGCUGUCUUUGUUCCUGGUCCUCUCAUGCCUGGGCCAACUCAUCACUGCGGACCAGGACUCUGAAACGCCUCUUCUGCGGAUCAUAGUGCCACAGAAAAUCGAGAGCAACAUCAAGGAUGCCAAGGAGCCAGAAACACAUGUCAGUUACUUGGUCAGAAUUGAGGGCAAAGCGUACACGUUCCAUCUUGAAAAACAGUCAUUUUUGCAUCCACGUUUUCUGGCAUACUUGCAUACCAAGUUAGGAACAUUGCAACCACAUUCUUCUUUAAUGAAGGGCCAUUGCUUUUAUCAAGGACACGCUGCCGAGAUUCCAGCAUCCACUGUGACUCUCAGCACUUGCUCAGGUCUCAGGGGCUUGUUGCAGUUAGAGAACAUCACUUACGGAAUUGAGCCUCUCGAAUCUUCAGCUACGUUUGAACACAUGAUUUAUCAAGUAAAGAAUAAUAAAAUUGAUUAUUCACCCUUAAAAGAAAACGUAACUCCCCAGCAUGAGAGUCCAUCCUACCGAAUUCUUGUAAAAGCGGAGAAAGGUUCGAACAUGACACUGAUGAAGAGGACUCUGAAUGUGAAGAUCGUCAUGGAUAAAGCCAUGUUCGACCACAUGGGCUCUAAGAUGGGACUCGCCAUUCAGAAAGUUGUUCAUAUCUUUGGUCUCAUUAACACUAUGUUUUCCCAGCUGAAGAUGACUGUGAUGCUAACGUCCCUAGAGAUCUGGUCAGACGAAAAUAAGAUCGAAACAAAUGGGGAUGCCGAUGAAGUCCUGCAAAGGUUUCUGCUGUGGAAACAAAAGCAGCCACCAGAAAGCACCAGGGCUAUCACGUACUUACUCCUGUAUAAGGAUUAUCCUGAUUAUGUGGGAGCAACAUAUCACGGAAUGGUCUGCGACCCAAAGUUUACAGCAGGAAUCGCUCUGCACCCGAAGACAUUAACCGUGGAGGGCUUUGCCGCUGUUCUGUCCCAGCUGCUUGGGAUUAACCUGGGACUGACAUACGAUGACGUCUACAACUGCUUCUGUCCAGGAAGCACCUGCAUAAUGAAUCCUUCAGCAAUACGUUCCCAAGGCAUAAAGGUUUUUAGCAGUUGCAGUAUGGAUGGAUUCAAGCAGCUGGCUUCGCAGUCUGGACUAGACUGCCUUCGGGAUAAACCAGAGCUACAGGUUGUCGCAGGGCCCCAAACUCGAAAGUGUGGCAACCGUGUCUUGGAAGCGCCAGAGGAGUGUGACUGCGGCUCAGAAGAGGACUGUACUCAUAAAAAAUGCUGUAACCCUAAGGAUUGCACUCUGAUAAAUCCUGCGGAGUGUGGGACAGGAGCAUGCUGUGACAAAAGGACAUGCAAGUUAGCCGAAAGGGGGCGCCCAUGUAGGAAAAGUAAAGACCUGUGUGAUUUCCCUGAGUUCUGCAAUGGAUUCUCCGAAUACUGUGUUCCUGACACAAUGGCUGCUGACCUAGAGCCCUGCAACAACAAGACUGCCUAUUGCUUUGGUGGGAUCUGCCGCGACCUGGAUAGGCAGUGCAUGGAUUUAUUUGGGAAACAUGCUAAGGGUCCUAAUUAUUUGUGCAUGCAAGAAGUGAACAGUCAAAAUGACAAAUUUGGAAACUGCCACGGACGCUGUAAUUAUAGUGCUUUAUUUUGUGGGAAAGUGGCUUGUUACUGGAACCAUGAAGAAAUCGUGCCAACACAAAAAUAUGAUCUCCAGUAUACUUACAUUGGGGGCCAAGUGUGCAUAUCCGCACACUCAAGACAUUCUGGGCCUGACGACACCUACGUCUUUGAUGGCACCAUUUGUGGUGGUGGCAAGGCUUGCAUCAAAGGGCAAUGCUUGCGUGUGCAUGCCUACAGAGGAGAAUUGAAGUGUGACUCAGAGGUGAAGUGCCAAGGACAAGGGGUUUGCAACAAUCUAAACAACUGCCAUUGCGAAGCUGGCUUUUCACCUCCAGAGUGUGACAUGACACCUUCAUCUCCGGGAGGGAGCUUAGAUGAUGGAUUUUGGCUGCCCAUGGAUAAGAGCACACCUUUGAUUGUCAAGCGGCGUGAUGGCCGAUAUAAGAAGGGACUUUUGAUCAGUUUCUAUGUUUUCCUACCUUUCCUCAUCAUGUUUGCCAUCAUGGUUGUUAGGCAGAACAUCUCAAAGGGAUUCUGGCACAAGGAAGAGGCUGUAAUUGGAGGAUCGAUUUCUGAAGGCAGCAACCAGUCAUAG